AUGGUUUUCAUCGCCUUCAAUAUUUCUAAUGUUGUAUUGUCACUUUUGUGUAUUCCUCUACUGAUAAGCAUUAAGAAACGACGAGCAAGUGCUUCAUACAGUAAUCCGGAACGGUAUAUCGUUUGGCAGGCAUUCAAUUUAGUUUUGUUCAAAUUAAUCACUAUUCCACUUAGCUUUCUUAUUCAUGCUCAUAAUUUCCAACCAUUUUUUGUUGUUCUUUUCUUGAUGUCAGUGGAUAAUAUUGUGACACCCGUUUUAAUGCAACUAUCUUAUUUGAGUUGCAACAAGAGAAAUAUGAUGGCUAUAGUCAAAACACUUUUCUGUUGCAACAAGAGACCAUCAGCUGUGCAACCCCAAUAUCAACCCCACGGAAGUUCUGAAGAUUCAUAA